AUGAAGCCCUCCCUAAACAAGAAGAAAGUGCUACUGUUGGAGAAGGGAUGGAAGAAGACAGUGAGAACGAAGAAGCAGGCUGAGGUAGAUUCAAUUGAUGCUCUAGAGAAAUAUCGUGGAAAAUGUGAGCCAACAUUUCUGUUUUAUGGUGGGGGAGAAUUGGUAGCUGUUGUAAGAGGAGCAAAUGCACCAUUGUUGCAGAAAACCAUUUUGGAACAGCUACAAGCAGAAAAGAGAGUCUUGGAUCAUGGAGCAGAGCGAGUGGUGAUUCAUGAUGAAGCCCUCCCUAAACAAGAAGAAAGUGCUACUGUUGGAGAAGGGAUGGAAGAAGACAGUGAGAACGAAGAAGCAGACAACCUGGAUCAGAGAUUUUCAGCAGAAGUGAAUUGAUGGUGCAGUUUUGCAGAUCUAAUAGAAUCCAGUAAUGACUCACAUUUAUUUUGUAGAACAAAAUUGUUAGAACUAAUCUCGUAGCAGCUUGGCUUUAUCAGUGGAACUAAAUUUUAAACUAAUUUUCUAGCAUUAUUCUCACAGGGUCUAAAAUAUUGGUCAAAAUAUAAAUUUACAAUAUUUAACUAUCAUAAUAGUUUGGAAGUCCUUGGUGCUCUCUGUACUUGGUUGUUUGCUUGCAGACAUUUUAUUACUCAAUUAAGUAACAUCAUCAGUACUAGUAAGUAUGGAAUUUGUAAUACUACAUUACUAACCAGAGCAUAUAAAACAUUUGCUAGACCAAUUCUUGAAUACAGCUCGACUGUCUGGAACCCAUACCACAUU